AUGCCAAAAGAAUCGACUAAAUCAAACGCAAUCAGUUACACCAUUGAUAAUCCUAUUCAAAUAAAAUUCUUCCAAAACUAUCAUUUUCGUAAGUGUGUAAAAAAACAUUUGGAACAAUUACUCUCAGUAUCAAUUACAAUAUUUUCCGAACGAUCGGCGAAAGCUUCAAGCAGUUACAGAAUCUAUGUUCCGAAAGCACAGGAGAAUAAAGAAGAAAUCCAACAGAAAUUAUCCAACGCUGUGCAAAAUCUUUUCCAGACAAUUCCAUCACAAACGUUCACGAAUGAGAAAAUUAAGAAAUGGUUAGAAGAUCCUUUCAACAAAGAAAAACAUCUUCAAUGCAUUGAGGGCAUUGUGGAUGAAAAGCUCGAAGAUAUCUUCACUGUUUGUAUCGAAGAGCCGAAAUAUUCAUUGAAAAUUUAUUAUUUAUCCAAGCAAUUGGUAGAUACUCCUAGCAACAAAUCAAUGGUGAAAUUAAUUGAAAACAAAAUCUUAUUGGAAAUCUUAUUUCUACCGUUUUAUUCUGAAAAUUCCAGAUCAAUCGCAGAAGAAUCUCAGAGACUGGUNGAGGGCAUUGUGGAUGAAAAGCUCGAAGAUAUCUUCACUGUUUGUAUCGAAGAGCCGAAAUAUUCAUUGAAAAUUUAUUAUUUAUCCAAGCAAUUGGUAGAUACUCCUAGCAACAAAUCAAUGGUGAAAUUAAUUGAAAACAAAAUCUUAUUGGAAAUCUUAUUUCUACCGUUUUAUUCUGAAAAUUCCAGAUCAAUCGCAGAAGAAUCUCAGAGACUGGUAAGCGAUGUCACAAGGCGCGAAAAGGUUGCUGUUUCUGUGAGUCUGGACGCUUCAGAUAUGACGGCAAUGCAAAAAAAGAUUGUUAUUUUUGGUGAUUAUGAAGCGGUGAACCGAGUAAAAAGUGAAUUCUUGAAAAUUGAUGAAAAAUCGAAUUUAACUACUUUUCCGAUCACUUCACUCGAUACGUCUGAGAUUGAAUAUGUUCUGAAGACCCAUUCCUCAGAAAUGUAUAAGCUUCAAGAAAAGUAUAAAGAUGCUGGCGUAAAGUUACGCUGGAGAUUGCACGAGUUUACGGCCCCACCGCAUUUGAAAGGUGCAAUUGAAUCGCGUAUCAGUCAACUGCUAUCCCAAUCGCAAACACUCACAUUUAAAAGCGUUCCUUUGCAUAAAGAGAUUGCAGAACUAGCAGAGAAGCAUUUGAGAUCCAUUACUCAUCGGAAUAAUUGUUGUAUUAAGAUUGAGGUUAAAACACGAUGUCAAUCGUAUCAAAUACCAAGGGCGCCAAUGUUGGAUGAAUCACAGUCAACACUAGAUGAUGGUUUAUUUUCUUUGCCGGAUGUUUUUAAGAGAAUCGAUAGUGAAAACGGAUCGAUUGAAGUCCGUCUAGGAGAUAUCGCUUUACAGAAGGUCGAUAUGAUUGUGAUUCCAAUGACAACGAAUGGUUUGAAAGAAGGUGUGGUGGAACGAGCAGGUACUUUCAAUACUGAACGUACUUACUCUGACGCAAUGGGCUUGACUUUUACCGAAACCGACGGAGGGAAACUGAAGUGCAAACGAAUCCUUUUCUCGAAUUGGAAGCCACCAACAGAAACAAAUGACGAUCAAGACUUACGACGAUCGACACAAAUCUUUAUAAUCAAAUCUAUCGAAUAUGCAACUGAAGGACAAGGUACGAGGUCGGUUGCAUUUUCGGUGACAAGUUUAUGUCCAAAUGAACGACUUCUUGCAAAAGAAAUGAUUUCGUCGGUUAAAAAGCAAUUGCGAGCGAAAAACUUGCAGCUCAAAAUCAUCUUUAUCCUACUUCCUGAACAACAAUCGCUAUACAAUCAAUUUUUAACUCUGCUGGGAGAUACCGAGGGUGCGUACGCACAGAUGGAGUGGCCAUUAUCAGUAAUCAAGAUAACAUUAUUCGCAGCUGAUCAUGACAGACUGACCAAAUGUCAAAACCAAAUAAAUCUGUACUUACAGCGUUGCUUCACUUUAGUAAAAUUGGAGAAUUCCAAUGGUAUCUUUCAUCAAUGGGAUCAGCAUAGGAUUAACUCGUUCUAUCAAUACUGUAGAAGCAUAUGCGUUAUCGUUGGACUCGAUCGAACUGAAAGAGAGCUUGAACUAACGGGUUUUACGAAUCACGUCCGUGAUGCCGAGAUGAAGUGGCAUCUUCAAUCUCGUCUAGUCACUGAAAAACUCUCACGCCCAUUAGCUGCAGACCGUCCGCAAUCGGGACGAGACAAGACAUGCAACGUUUUGAUCAGCUAUUGUCAACAAGACGCAAAACAAUGUCAAUGUUUAAUCAAACGACUUCGCGAAGAAGGAUUGGUUAUAUGGGCAAAAUCGAUGAAAGAUGAUCAAGAACGUGACAUAUCUUCUCAAAUAAACAAAGCAGACUGCAUUCUACUUUGUAUCAGCGAGAAUUACUAUGAGAGUCAAGCAUGUGAAAAAGAAGCAAGAUAUNAGACAUGCAACAUUUUGAUCAGCUAUUGUCAACGAGAUGCGAAACAAUGUCAAUAUUUGAUUAAACGACUUCGCGAAGAAGGAUUGGCUAUAUGGGCAAAAUCGAUGAAAGAUGAUCAAGAACGUGACAUAUCUUCUCAAAUAAACAAAGCAGACUGCAUUCUACUUUGUAUCAGCGAGAAUUACUAUGAGAGUCAAGCAUGUGAAAAAGAAGCAAGAUAUGUUCUUGGAACAGGGAAACCAAUUUUCUUAUUAAAAAUUCGGAAUGAUCCAUUGUUUGGUUGGCAACGAGAAGUUUUUGAAGGCAAACUGUUUGUUCAACUAUUUGGUUCGGAACAUGAUUUUAAUACGCAAGUUGAUUACUUAUUAUUACAGAUUUUACAAUCAAUCAGAUCGAAUAGAUCAUCUUUCCUACAGUUGAAUACAGAGAGAAUUUCACGCAUGAUGACUGUAGAACAACGACGGGCGAAGUAUAAUGAAAGAAUUCAAACGCUGAUGCGAAUUGGCCGUAUUGAUGACGAGGACAUGGCGAAAUUGAUGCAGCAAUUACAUUCAACCGUCAAUAGUCCUGACUCAAAAGAAGCGGAUUCUAACGAUAAAGACUACAAAUUGCUUGAACUACCAUGGAUUCGACGUUGGUUGGAAAGAUCGACACAUACUACUAAGCAAAAUCUACCACCAUUUUCGCCCAGCGGCGAUAUCAACGACGCUGUAUUUCCGAUGCCAGAGUACAUUCUCCAAGGACUUGGUGUCACCGAUCGAGCAUUAGUAUCAGUACAGUCUUCUUCCAUUAAAGUUCGAAAUAUAUUUGAAUCCACUAUCACCAAACGGCCUGUCGAACGAUUUUCAUGGCGCACUGUAUUAAAUCAGUAUCCUGUUGACGAAGACUUUAGUUACGGAAUUCGAAUACAUCAAACAGACUAUAGGGAGCCGACAUCCAGUGCGGGAGAUAACGCACAGAAACAAUCAGAUUUACCGUGCCUGUCGCCGGAAUCCGCUACGAAUCGUAAAAAUCCAGUGUCGAAACGCCAAUAUCCUACUCAGCAGAAAAGAAAACCUUAUAAAUGUCCUACUCGUGAAGAAUUGAAGGUUUAUUUUAAGCACUAUUGUCAACAAGACGCAAAACAAUGUCAAUGUUUAAUCAAACGACUUCGCGAAGAAGGAUUGGUUAUAUGGGCAAAAUCGAUGAAAGAUGAUCAAGAACGUGACAUAUCUUCUCAAAUAAACAAAGCAGACUGCAUUCUACUUUGUAUCAGCGAGAAUUACUAUGAGAGUCAAGCAUGUGAAAAAGAAGCAAGAUAUAUUCUUGGAACAGGAAAACCAAUUUUCUUAUUAAAAGUUCGAAAUGAUCCAUUGUUUGGUUGGCAACGAGAAGUUUUUGAAGGCAAACUGUUUGUUCAACUAUUUGGUUCGGAACACGAUUUUAAUACGCAAGUUGAUUACUUAUUAUUGCAGAUUUUACAAUCCAUCAGAUCGAAUAGAUCAUCUUUCCCACAGUUGAAUACAGAGAGGAUUUCACGCAUGAUGACUGUAGAACAACGACGAGCGAAGUAUAAUGAAAGAAUUCAAACGCUGAUGCGAAUCGGCCGUAUUGAUGACGAGGAUAUGGCGAAAUUGAUGCAGCAAUUACAUUCAACCGUCAAUAGUCCUGACUCAAAAGAAGUGGAUUCUAAGGAUAAAGACUACAAAUUGAUUGAACUGCCAUGGAUUCGACGUUGGUUGGAAAGAUCGACACAUACUACUAAGCAAAAUCUACCACCAUUUUCGCCCAGCGGCGAUAUCAACGACGCUGUAUUUCCAAUGCCAGAGUAUAUUCUCCAAGGACUUGGUGUCACCGAUCGAGCAUUAGUAUCAGUACAGUCUUCUUCCAUUAAAGUUCGAAAUAUAUUUGAAUCUACUAUCACCAAACGACCUGUCGAACGAUUUUCAUGGCGCACUGUAUUAAAUCAAUAUCCUGUUGACGAAGACUUUAGUUAUGGAAUUCGAAUACAUCAAACAGACUAUAGGGAGCCGACAUCCAGUGCGGGAGAUAACGCACAGAAACAAUCAGAUUUACCGUGCCUGUCACCGGAAUCCGCUACUAAUCGUAAAAAUCCAGUGUCGAAACGCCAAUAUCCUACUCAGCAGAAAAGAAAACCUUAUAAAUGUCCUACUCGUGAAGAAUUGAAGGUUUAUUUUAAACAGUUUGCUCAACGAAUGAGUGAAAAUGCCGCUGAAUUCGAAAAAUUUUGCGCAGCAGCGAUCUAA